AUGAAUCGUGCGCAGUCAAUCGUGACCUCGGGACCGAAUGGUGUUGGAAAACGAAUGGAAGAUCUUCCAGUACAUCACAAAUUAAUUAUUGUCGGGUGCUAUCUGCUAAGACGCCAACGUGGUAAACAGGAAGUCCCAUUUACGGAACUUUGUGAAACCUAUGGAUCCAUUUGUCGCAAUCACAAAUUUACUGGUCUCGGAGAGUCGGAAUUGGUCACGAUUUGUGGUCUACUAGAAUCUCGUGGUUAUCUGGAUUUUUCUGUGAUGAAAGGUAAUGCCAGUACAAAGCGUGAUACACCGGCACGAUUUCGCUCUGUCAAAUUACGACUGGACGAUUGUACAGUGCAGCAAUUGCUUUCGGAUGAUCUUUUCUCCAGAAUUUUGUCCACCACUCUUUAG